CUCCAGCCACACCGUCCCGCCGCGCGCAGCCGGUGACACGCGAGCGGCAGCGCGCUGUGGUAGUGUGACUCCUGCAGGGGUGAGCACCGCUGGCACCGCGAUAGGACGUGAGAGGACGGAAGCUGACGGGAGGAGAGAGGAAGAGAGGAGGUCUUCGAGAAGGCGGGGAGGAUUCAUAAGCUGACACAUCAGAGGUGCUGGCCAACUUAUCGGUGAAGAUGAAGCACUAUUCAGCUACGGCAUGGUCAAUCGGGAUCCUCCUGGCAGCAUCAAGUAUAAUGCUGGUCAUCGGUGAAGAAAAGGUGAAACGUCAGCUGAGCAGUCAAGAGCCGCUGGUGACCUACCAGUCGGUGCCGAAGACGUCAUUCUCCUGUGACCUGGUCGGCCCGGGAUACUACGCCGAUAUGGAGACGCAAUGUCAGAUUUUCCACGUCUGCCAGGGCAGCCGGAAGGACUCAUUCAUCUGUCCUGGCGGAACGGCCUUCAACCAAAGGGUAUUUGUCUGCGACUGGAGCACCAACGUCGACUGUCCGUCCUCUCGGGACUUCUACUCGCUCAACAGUCGGAUCGGCAGCGACGAGCCGUUCCACACGGACGUCUUCGUCGGCGGCCGGCUAGGUGGCAGCACCAACCGCCGGCCAGGUGGCAGCACCGACCGCCUGGCCCGUAUCAGCUCAAUACCGGACGGUCAGCUCGGCAGUCAGUCACAGGCCCGACUGAAGGCCGUCAAGCCUGAUGGUGCCAAACAGAAGUUUGAUACUACUUCGAAUAUCCGAGUAGGAAACACGCUCCUCCUGAACACUCUCUUCGUGGAGGUGCCAAGAUUUGUUGCGAAGGAGACGGAGCCAAGCGAACGACCGGCGACUGAAGACAGACCUUCGGUGGAGCCUGCCGUAAAACCACCUGCCUUCACCAGCAGUCGUCAGGACGUUCUCUCGAAGAGGAGAGAGGGCGAUAAGAGAAAGAACCAAGCAUACGGAUCCCGGCUUAGAGAGGAAGGCUAUUUGCCCGAGUCAAAGCAGCAGUCUAACAAGGAUGAGGGGAAAGGACGAAGGGUGUCUCUAGAGGGAUCCGGAGAGAAUCCUUCAGAGAAGGAUGCAUAUCUUCCCACAGAUGCGUCCGAUGCUGCUCCUCCUGCCGACAGAGGUAGCUAUCUGCCGGAGCCAACGCUGGAGGAUAGUCCUCCGUCCUCAGCGAGAAAGAGCUACCUCCCAGAGGAGGAACCGGACAGCUCCAACUAUCUCUCCGAGGAGCCACCUCAGUCCACCGCCGACACCUCCUUCCUCCAGCCUCCUCUGUCAUCACCAGAGCUCCCAAACAGCAUCCUGGGCGCGUUCUCCCUGCCGGAAAUAGACGAGUACGGUCCGGAGCCGCCCACCACGGCGCCGCCGCGCCUGCCGCCGAUGAACCUGCUGCCCCUCUCUGACGAGCCGCCUCCGCCGACCACCGAGAGCCGCCUGCCCUCCACCACAGAGAGCUACGGCGUGCUGGACGAGGGGGAGGACAGGGAGAGCUCUGCGCCUCCGGCCAAUCGCAGGGAGCUCGGCCUGACGCGAAGGCUGAACAUCGGAGAGAACAUAAAUGAGAUAGAGGUAGAAAGAAAACCGAACCAAAGGCCAUCUGAGGAGCCAACAACAUCAGAAACCGACAGAUUCCAGUAUAACUUCGACAGUGUGCGAAACACACUGCAAGAUCGGUUGAAAAACGUCGAGCCAUUUGACGUUCCUGCUGAUACACUAGCGACAUCUGAUAGAGCGACAGUGGCUACCCAGAGAGGGUCGUCAGGGGGGAGCGUGGCACUGCUGGCGCCGUGGCUAUUUUCACUCGCCGAAGUCCCCAUGUAGAUACCGGGUAGUGGUGUGAAUACUCCGUCGCACACGCUGGGUCAAUGUUCAGAGGACGCGACAGAAAGGGGCAUGCAGUUACGGGACGUGUAAAAGUAUGUGAUAUCUUGCAGUUGCGACACUACCCAUGUAAGUCGCAAGCAGCCAACGCCCGGAGUAUUGUAGGCGGAGGGUAGGCCAACUUGCGUGUUUUGUACCCAUAAGCAUCGCCACGGAACCCCACAAUCGCGAUCAAAUCGCGACCGAGAAACUAGCGAGUGAACUCUAUAAAAUAGUCAUGUCCACUCAUUCCACAGGGUCAUUGAACGCAAACAUCGAAUCACCGCCUACUGAUCAAACACCAUUCACGCCUGCAUAGGGUACCCCGUGCUCCAUCCACCCCUCACAUGGUCCCACAGCGUCCCCGCCCACCAGUACCGCGUGUAAGACGACCUGUACUGCCUGUGCCAAUGACCAGCUGCGAGUAAAGACAGCGCAGUGCUGCGAUGAAGUGCACCCACUGUGCAUCGGCCAGAGCGCACCAUUGUCGCGCCGCGGUGCACUCUGCCGUGUGCGCACUACACUGUGAUUCAUUAAUAAAUACAUGCUUUGUAGACGUU